GGUGUUGGACAAUAAUCCCAUCGGAGGGUCCCUCCCUGCUGGGUUCUCGGCUCUCACCAACCUUGUCACCAUCUCUAUGUCGCGGUGCCAGCUGGGAAACGCCCUUUUCAACACGUCGCUGCUCAUCAACCUCCAAAAGAUUGACGUGAGUGACAACGAGAUCCUGUACAAUGUUCAAGACGCCUUGGGAGCUUCGCUGAGAAAUCUGCGCCAUGUUGACUUCUCCAACAACCUGUUUAUUGGCUUCUUCCCAGAAUCCAUGUCCAAUCUCCAAGCAUUGGCUGUCCUCAAUGCGGACAACAACAAGAUCGACCUACAACUCCCGGACCUCUCAGCUUCAGCAGCCUCGGGCGCAAUACACUACGUCUCCCUUAUAAACAACGAGCUGGACGAUACAGGCGGCAAGAUCCGUCGAAAAACGCCCCAGUAUCUAAUGGACAUGGUUACCAACAACUCCCUCCGCCUCUGGGGAAACCCCUUCUGCAAUUUCACCCUUGUACUCCCCGCCCUCGCUCCUGCUUGUAACCGUUACAACGAGAAAAUCCAGCCUCCAGUCUUCCUCCCUUCCCCUGGUGCCUCCCUUGACGAUAUUGUGUUCACCUCAGACCCUUUCUGUCCCUCUCACACCUGUGAUCCGACCGCCGCCGCCGCUUACCCCAGCUUUUAUGCCUACCGGGUUGCAGCGGCUUGUGUCUGUGCCAAGGCACUAAAAGUCUUUCUUAGGCUCGUUCACUCGCCGAAUCUGUUCUUCUCUAAGACUCUAGCAACUGACCUGCAGCGGGGGUUGGAGGCGCAGUUUGGGUGGGAAACCGGGCAGUCAUGGAUUCGGCAGGUUCGGACGAAAAGGGACGGCUCUCAGCUGCUGGAGGUUUUGAUUUUUCUGCCCGGCGGGCAGAAAUGGACGGCUGCGAUUGUGAAUGCGGUGGUGAUGAGGUUUGUGCGGCAUAACGUCUCCAUGGGGGUCAGCUUUGGGCCGUACCGGUUCGAAGGAUUCACCUCUCCAAUCCCAC